AUGGAUCACAAUUCAAUGCCGCCUCCUAUACCCAAUCGACACCGAGGACAUGGUCGCAGAAAGUCUUUACAAGGUCCCACGACACCUGCAAACAGAGUACAUGUCCAACCAGCGUCGCCAGAGGUCAUCUCGUCCCUAAUCACAUCGCUCUCGAUAAUAUCGUCACCUGCGAACCAGCUAUUCGAGACGGGCGGAAGCUUUGCUCCAGAAAAAUCGCCUGCUCCUACCACAAAUACCUUUGGAAGAUUGGAUGGAAGGCAUGGAGGUCAAUCACCUGGAGGCAGCUUUGGAAUAGAUUACGGCGCAUACGAUCAACCGUCGCUGCGAGAUCUUUUGCAGGAGGAAUCGCUCGACGAGCUUGCGGCCAGUCCUCCUGUCAUCCGAACUGCCAAACCUCCAUCAGGGUUUUCUGCUUUGACCGCACCCAAAUCGCCUCGAGAGUCUACUUCUAGUCCAUUGAAAACCUUUCUGAGGGGUAGCUCGAGACCAUCCUCUAAGGGGUCGACUGGUUCAAGGGAGAAUGAUGCAGCAAGCAUCGGCAGCGUAUCAAUUGAGCCAGGUCAGGCACCAUUUCCGCAAUUGAGAAGAAAGUCAUCAAGCGAUAGUUGGGGGAAAAAGCAGUCACGAAAUCAAAAAGGGUUGAUGUAUAUGAGCUCGAAAGAACGUCUACGGGAGAGGGAGCAUGAUCGGAAAAGAACUAGCGGCGGCACUACCCCUAGGGAAACCUCGGCGGAGCGUUUACCUAUUCAACGGUUUGAUUCAAACUCUUUCAUGGCGGAAACAGCGAUCGGGGAAGAGGAAGAACCCUCUUCUACCAACCCGGCCCAUUCCACUCCAACAACUCCCUCUCUUCCACCAGGCGCUUUUGGUGGAAUUGGAUCCGGCCGAUUUAUACCGGCUCGAGACUCUUCUUUGCGCAAACCGACUGCUGCCAAGAAGCGAUCCUCCCAACGAUCGAGUCGACAAAGUGGGAAGCAGCGAAUGAGUGAGGAUGGGGCUGGAACAAACCAGGAAUCGACCGAACACAAUCACCACAGACGAGAGCGGAGUAAACGAGAUAAUUCUCUUGCGCCAAGCGAAGGACCUUCCAAAAUGCAAGAGCCAUUGGGAUAUUUUGAUAAUGCGAGACCUUCCAAAGCCACGACUCUUGCCAGUAAGCAAGUCGCAGCCAGCGCGACUGUGGAACAAGUUGUCGUGGUGAAUGAUUAUGACGAGGGUGCACCUUCACCAGCUGUUGCCCAAAGGAGGUCGCGUCAAAGUCCAGAACGACAAAAUAGAGGAUCAGGUAGAGUUUCAUACGAGCGUUCCGACUCGGCGCCAAAACGGUCUGGAUCAAAAACCUUGAAGCGACUAUCUGCACCGUUAAGCCCAAAGCCAACAGAUAGUAGAAAGAAUAGCAAUCAAAUGUCUCGAGUAAGCUCACCAGAGCCGAAUAAAACACCUCAGAUCCACGUCGACGACCGGCCCAAUAGUGCGGACUCGAUUGACGAUGCCGUUGAAGCAUAUCUCUGUUCUCCGAGAUUGUCACAAAAGAUUAAACAUCCUCAAACUGGAAGGACCAUUUCAUUUUCCGAGGUCGGCGAUUCAGAGGGCUACGCAGUCUUUUGUUGUGUAGGGAUGGGAUUGACGAGAUAUAUAACAGCUUUCUAUGACGAAUUGGCUCUGACACUCAAACUACGAUUGAUCACACCGGAUAGGCCUGGGGUAGGCGACAGUGAGCCAUACACCGAUGGUACUGCAACACCUCUUAGCUGGCCUGAUGACGUGUACGCUAUCUGUCAAGCAUUGAAGAUAACCAAGUUCUCGAUUCUAGCUCACUCAGCUGGAGCAAUCUAUGCUCUAGCAACUGCUCUCAGGAUGCCCCAACAUAUCCGUGGUCGGAUCCAUUUACUCGCUCCAUGGAUUCCACCUUCACAGCUUAAUGUCCUAGGUGGUCAAUCAUCGUCGCCCCCAACCAAUUCCAUUCCUACAUCUCAGCGUAUUCUGCGUGCUCUCCCGACGCCCAUCCUAAAAGCCGCAAAUUCAAGCUUCAUGAGUGCUACUAGUAGCUCAAUCACAAGCAGUCUUCCAAAAUCACCACGACGAAAUAAGCGGAAAUCAACAGGACGUGAUACCCCUAGUGGCCGAACCACAGUCACACCCGGACUCGAGAGAGAAAACGGAAAAGAAAAUCAUGGCAGAAACUCCACCGUCUACCCAGAUCCUUCAGAACAAACCGCUCUCCAGAAAGCAGCCAAUAACCCUAACGACCCAAACAACGAAGCCGCAAUCCUAGCAGCAGCAGCCAGUACCCUCGCCGAUAAGGAAAGACAAAUGACCUACGACACCCGUCUCACGCACGCAAUCUGGGACCUCGCGACCUCAGGCGCCAACCCAGCCGUCGACCUCCUCGUCUGUCUUGAACGCCGCCACACCAUUGGCUUCCGCUACGUCGACAUCCAACGCGCGGUCGUCAUUCAUCACGGUAGCAAAGACACGCGUGUGCCCGUUGAAAACGUCCGCUGGCUAGGCAAGACGAUGAAGAGAUGUGAAGUCCGUGUUCUCGAGGGCGAGGGACACGGUCUUAUGGCUAGUGCGGCGGUCAUGGGAGGUAUUCUGAUGGAGAUUGCGCGCGAGUGGGAGGAUUGGAUGAAGGUUACUGGAUCCGCGGGGAAGCCUGAAGGGAGGAGGGGGUUGAGGGAACGGGCUAGUGUUGGGGCUUUCAGAUAG